AUGAACUCGCCUUUAUCUACCUCCCUGGAUAACCCAGGCCCUCUUGACCUCCCCGAAGGAAUACUUUCUAUUCCACUCCAUCAAAGCUUGACGUAUCCCGCUGAUGCUGCCUUUAUGAAUGCCGCACCCAAUACCAACAACCAUACGGUCAACAAUAACAACAACAAUACCAUUGUCAAUAGUAGCAAUAAUACAAAUACCACCAGCAAUAUCAAGGGACCCGGCCUGAUGAGAAGAAUAUCAAGGGGAGCCGCCAACAAGCUCUCCCGACGACGGCGGUCGAACUCUCAGGAUAGACGCGACAAAGACUCCGGCCCUGUCACCAUGCUCAGGCGCAACAAUAGCAAGUCAACGACUUCGGCAUCCUGGGAUAGCGCUUUAGAUUCAAGCUACGAGGAGGAUGAAUCAUGUGAUACCCUCGGGACUUGGUGCGGCCCUGACAGCAGCAAAGUGAAAAGCGAUUACCAACGGUCUAUUACCAGUACUGCCAGUGGCGUUGCCCCUAAGGUUGACCCCAUCCUCCAGCGCGGCUGUACCCUGACCAAGGUAAACAAGCUGAAGAAGAAACCGAUGACUUUUUAUCUUGAUUUUGACUCCGGGAAGAUGUUCUGGAACCUGUCAAACCCGUCCAAGCGGGUAUAUAUUGAUGAUAUUAAGGAGAUAAGACUACGAGGGGAUGCUCGGAUGCACAGAGAGGAACAUCGCAUUCCCGAGGAGUUCGAAAACCGGUGGUUCACCAUAAUCUACAAUAACUCUGAGGGUUCUAAAAACCGAGCGGUCAAGACCGUCCAUUUAAUCGCACCCGAUGAAGCUAUAUUCGAGCUCUGGACCACGACCCUGGAAAACGUUGCCCGAUACCGCAUCGGCCUCACGGUAGGCUUGACCGGUUCUGUGGAGAGCGAGGCCAUUCUCAACGCCCACUGGCAACGAGAGAUAUCUAGACGUGCUUCUCAGGACCCUAGGGCUAUCGAGGAGGACAGUCUUGAUGCAGAAGGUAUCGGAAAUUUAUGUCACAGUCUGCACAUUAACUGCUCCAAGGAAACUAUACGCAUCCUCUUCGCUCGGGCUGACACCACGGGCACUGGACGAGUCAACUUUGCGCAGUUCAGGGAAUUCUUCCAACUGCUCAAAUACCGCCGAGACAUUAAAGAUCUGUACAAUCGUCUGGUUACUGAUGACGUACAAGGGAUGACCCUGGCAAACUUUCUCGACUUCGUCCAGUAUACGCAACGCGAAAACGUCCAAGAGAACAGGGAUUACUGGGUUUCUAUUUUUGAAAAGUUCGUCCGCAAGGCUCGACUGCGUUCGCAGAGCCAGUCGGAUUCACCUCUUCCUGAUGAUGCACCUACACGCAUGAGCCUAGAUGCCUUCUCUGCGUUCCUGAUAUCGUCCUCCAACGGGAUCUACCCUUCACAUGUUCCUGAGCCAAAAUUCGAUUACCCACUCAACGACUACUUCAUUUCAAGUUCACACAACACCUAUCUUCUGGGAAGACAAGUCGCGGGUUUCUCCAGUACAGAAGCGUAUGUCACUGCGCUUCAAAAGGGCUGUCGAUGUGUUGAAGUCGAUUGCUGGGAUGGAGCCGAUGGUCGCCCAAUUGUCUCACAUGGGAGAACGAUGACUACCAGCGUCCUUUUUGCGGAUUGUAUCUCUGUCAUCAACAAAUAUGCCUUCCUGUCAUCCGACUACCCUCUUAUCAUCUCUCUCGAGGUCCACUGCAACCCAGAGCAACAACUUGCUAUGACUAACAUCAUCAAAGAUACCUUCAAGGAGAAAUUAGUCCUUGAGACACUGGGGGAUGACUGGCCUGUGCUGCCCAGCCCUGAGGCCCUGAAGCAUCGCGUUCUUAUUAAAGUCAAGACUUCCGAGGAAAUAAUCGAUACCGGCCCGGCUUCUACUGUACCACCAGGACUCGUCAGCUCCGGGCGCAAGCGUAGCUCAAGCUCCCCUUUCAUGCCCCCGACCGUCCUGGAAGACCCUCCUCACAGUCUCCCUCCUCUCUCCUCGCCACCCACAAUCAGCUCAGCUAAUGAACCUGUGCCCCCUCCCCUGGGCAGACGCGCCUUUACAGCAACAAGCGUCUGCAGCACCUCUGAAGAAAGCGACAUCGGCCAGAGUUCAGCCGCGAUCCAGAAAGAGAAGAAACGAGGCCAAAAGAGCAGAAUCGUCAAGGAUCUUGCAGAUCUAGGCGUUUAUACCCGUGGGUAUAAAUUCCAUAGUUUCAACUCUGCCGAAAGCAAACGUUUCAACCACGUCUAUUCCUUCGCCGAACGAGCAUUCGAAGGCAUUUGUCGAGAUUCAGAAAGUAAAGCUCUUCUCGAGGCGCAUAAUAGACGUUUCUUGACUCGGGUAUACCCUUCCGGCUUCCGUGUUCGAUCAUCAAAUUUCGAUCCAAACAUCUUCUGGCGUCGUAGCGUUCAAAUGGUCGCUUUGAACUGGCAGACAUAUGAUGUCGGAAUGCAAAUGAACCAAGCCAUGUUUGCCUCUGGGACUGGCCGCACCGGAUAUGUUCUCAAACCAGAAAGCUUACGAUUGCCGCCACCUUCAUGGAAAGGCCCAGGCCUAAAGCCAAAAGUCGAUAGGAAACUUGUCCGGUUUUCCAUAGACGUGAUCUCCGCCCAGCAACUGCCUCGACCGAAGCAAAUCGGCCUCGACGAAAACAUCAAUCCCUACGUCGAAAUUGAGGUUUUCAGCGCUGACGACAAGACUAAGGGCCUCGCAUUCGGUGAAGGUGGAAUGGACACGUCUGAUCGUAACGGCCUAUCUGGAAUCGGCCACCCUCACCGUCGCAGAACAGGUAUUGAGCAAGGAAACGCUUAUAAUCCCAUCUUCAACGACCAGUUCAAGUUCUCCCUGGAAACCAAAUACCCGGAUCUCGUCUUUGUGCGCUGGGUUGUCUGGCACUCUCCUGAUGGCAGAAGUGUGGGCAACAACAGCACCCAACUAGCUACCUUCACCGCGAAGCUGAGCAGCUUGGCCCAAGGGUUCCGUUACCUACCUCUAUACGAUGGUAAUGGCGACCAAUACCUUUUCUCCACGCUAUUCUGCCGAGUGACGAAGAGCGAACUUGCUCCUGUCAUACCGCCGUUUGAUACUGAGGAAACUAAGAAUGAACGAAGGGGUAUCCUCAAACAGCUCGGCCAGUCCGUGCUAAAGAGAGCCAUAUCCACCGAACGCGACUCGUCAAAGGCCAACAUUACCUCAAACGAACAGUCGUGA